UUUCGUGUUUCUCUUUAUCUUUUCAUCUAACUAUCCUCUUAUACUAUACAUACCCUAGAAGUACCAUAUAUAAAACAUAUUAGCCCUCAUCGUUAGAAUCAUAGUCAUCAUAAGCACCAUCACCACCCUUCAUCAUGGCUACAUUUGCGAGCCUUCCUGUUGAGCUACGGCUUGAGAUUUGGAAUCUCGCCCUACACCAGGAAGCACAUGAUCGCUUACUUAUAAUAAGCCAGACCAGCAACAUCCCCAUUACCAAUGAGACGCCACUCUGUCUCUUACCCCUCAAGCACCACGCCAGCCCGCUACUCUCAGUAAACUCCGAGAGCCGCGGUGAAGCCAAAGCGUUUUACACCGUCAAGCUUGACGUCUACGAGGUCCCUCGCCUCUCCAAAGAAGACAUCACCAGUCGCAACAAAUGCUCGUGCCAGGCGCAAUACAUCAACAAGAUUGUUGAGAACGCCAGCGUAGUAAAGGGUUCCAUCUAUCUUAGUCCCCAAUAUGACUUCUUCGUCUCGGUUCGAGGCGUCGACACACUUCCAUAUCUCCAGGAGGACAAGAAGACAGUAGUCGACAAGAAAGAAGAACAACAGCAACAAGAAGAAGAGGAAAAGGAAAACCAGGAAAAGAAUAGCCGCUACAUCACGGCGCGGAUACCGGCCGAGGUCGCCGCGCAAGUCCGCAACGUCGUCUGCGUGCAGAAGAACCUGGACCGGGACGACGACUUCUACGACUGGUGGUGGACGGACACGUACAUGGACAACCUGCUGUACAACCGGGAGGAGCUCGUGCGGUUCCUGUGGGUGCCCCCCUACCGGCCCCGCCUGUACGGCCCCGUCUACGUCAGGUACCUCUGGAGGGCGUCCGACUUCAAGCACAUCCAGAACUACCUUCACCUGUGGCUGCCACAGGACGAGCUCGACGGGUUCGUCGACGGCGUGGUCAGGAACCGCGGCCGCGGCGAGUACAGCUUCCGCAAGUGGCAGUUGGACCCGGCUAAUCGGAUACCCAAGUUGGUGUUGCUCGACUUGGACAAUAUGCCACGCAAGGAAGAUGGAGAAGACUGUGCGCAAAUCGAGAAACUAGCCAAGAUGAUACGAUAGUUACCUAACUACAUAGAUACCUAAGGUAGUUGUUGAAGGGUUAAGGGUUGAUUUGUAAGGGUUGUAUUUUUUUUCUUUCUUUUUUUCUAUUUGCAAUUUUGGCUUUGGCUUUGGUUGAGCAUUCUGGGAAUC